AGCUGGAUGCUGGGUAUAUAAGGACGGGGUGAGGACGUAUGUCAGACACAAAUCUUCAGCCUCCAACAACCACUUGGGUUUGUUUGUCCUGUGCUCCACACAACGUCAGCAUGAAGGUUUCAUUUUUUAUCGUCCUGCUGUGUUUAUCUCUCCUUGUUGCUGAGGUCUUCUGCCGGCCUAGCAGCAGUAGUAGUAGUAGUAGUAGCAGUAAAAGCAAGCAUCAUCACCAUCACCAUCAUAGCCACAAGCACCAUCAUCAUCACAGCCACAAGCAUCACCACCACCAUAGCCACAAACAUCACCACCAUCACCACCACAGCAGCAGCAGCAGUAGCAAGAGCAGCAGCAGCAGCAGUGGUUAAUUCAAGAAUUGUUUCGUUGCUGGUGCUAAUUUUAUAAAAUUGUAUUUUACAUUCUUUUAGUUAUUAAAUGUUGUUGUAAUACAUAGCAGGCUCAACUGCAUCAAAUUAAAAAAAAUAAGUUUUGUAAGAAUAGUUGUUUGUUG